AUGCGGGAAUUACGUGGGGGUAGAGAGAGGUUGAAGGAAAGGGUUAAGUUAAAGGAGAGGGAUUUAUGGGGAUAUGGGGUGGGAAGAGAAGAUGAUCGAAAGGAGAGGCAAAUGCGAGAGAUUGCGAGGGUGUUUGGGGAGCUGAGGUUGGAAAUGGAGGAAGUCAAGAGAGAUGUGGAGAGGUUGAGGGGGAGUUGA